CGAUUCUCUGUUGCCGCGGCCACUGGUACGAAUAAGGUUAGCGAGAGCGGGAGCGAGAGCGGGAGCGCGAGUGCGAGCGCGGCUACAGCCGGCAACUAUGACUUAUCUUUAUCGAACAUGGACUCGGAGCCGAAGCCGGAUUUAGAAAAUCCUCAUGAGGAAGAAAAGCGGCCCAAAGAUCUAGAUCUAGAGCCAGAGCCAGAGCCAGAUGCCGAACAACGGAAAAUAUUUAUUACCAACCUGGACCGUUGGGGCAUCCUUGCCCUCAUCGGUACCGCAUCAGAGUCUCAAGCCUUGGGCCUUCGCGACACCCUCUACAAACACCUUGCUUGGGAGAAUUUUAUUGGCGUCACAUUUCCUCCUGGGUUGCCCAUGUUUCAACUGGCAUUCCACAUCCCGUUCUAUGUAUGGCGGGUGUCGGAAAGAGCGUGGGAAGAUCAUCGUCUUGAUUCAAACGCAAAUCGCUUGAGGCAAUGCCGAGAUGUCUCAUUCCUGGAUUGGAAGAGCUCGGGGCCCUCUAACUUUCUCUACGAGGCACAAAUGUCUUGUCUAGUAGCUGGAGAGGACGAGUCGCGGUGGGUCGCCUACGGCUUUUUUGACACUUACUUCGACGCCGUCGGUGAAGCAAAAGAAACUGUGGAGGCAUACCACGACGAUGCUAUAAUGGAGGGCGGCAUGAAUGCCGACCCUCUCACAUUUGGCGUCAUCGGCGCGGAGAAGACAGUUCGGACACCGCGAGAAUAUUUUCUCUCCUGUUUCCGAAUUCGCAUUGCCCAAGUUAAACGUGAAUGGGUGCAAGUGGUUGCGAAGAUAAGGCAGAGCAUUCGCGAUUAUGAGCAGACGUAUCAGUAUUCCUUGUGCAUGUCCAGAGAGCGAUCCUCUUCUACAGCAGCAGAACACAACGAAAUGGUCAAGUCAUCGCGUGACUGGAUCGUUCAAGUCAAAAGACUCACAACGCAAUUGUUUCAAUGCCUAUCUAAAACCGUCGGUGCCUGUGAGAACUUCUGUCUCAAUCAUGCUAUAUAUUUCGAGAACCUUUCUAGCCCGCUUAGUGGUGAACGGUCUCUUCGUGAUAUUGAAAUAACUUUCACUGAAUUAGACUCGCUAAGGAACAAACUCGAGUACUUGGCGGAAAGCUGCUCUGAGUUUGCACAAGAGCUCGAACUUCGACUUAUUCUUGAGGGCAAUGAAGUAGGAAAUAUGCAGCACAAGAUAGCCCAGGAUAAUAAAGGACUGGCGUUAAUUAUGAUGAUCUAUAUCUCUCCUAUCGCACUUGCUGCGGCGAUUUUCUCUAUGAACAGAGACGUAAUUUCAUUUAUUCCUGCAAAUUUCGGGUCAUUUAUAAGCCUAGUCUUCGGCUUCGGUAUUCUAGGAAUUCUCAUUCUUGUUAUGCGGCAAUACGAAGAUUGGUGUUGGCAAGUAUUUAUGGCUUUAAAUGGGCAACGAUGCUGGCAAGGAAUUCGGUUUAGGAGGAAAACGAGGGAAAAUAUGGAGCAAAGUUAAAUAUAAUAAACUAUAUAACCUGGCAUUUUUUGUUAGAAAGCAAAUGAAUUGUUC